AUUAUAUAAACCUACAACCGUUAUGAUAAUGAGCUAAUUAAAACAAUUUAUUGGAUAUUAAUAUAAAAGUAUAAAGGUCUAGAAUGGUCACCAUCAAGUUAUACAUUUUCUUUCUCAUCCGCAUAAAAUAUUUUUUUAUCUCAAAUAAAUUGCAGUUCUGAUAUUAUCAGCUGCAAUGAUCUCCAGAGAACUUUUUCCCUUGAGGGUGUGUCGGCGCUUAACGUUGAUAUAUGUACAUAUGUAAACACAUGCUUAUAUUCACAAAAGAUUUCACAGCAAUGCACGCCUGUUGUAUGAGAGGCAUAGACAGGUGAUAAUCGUAUAUUUUGUAAAUAAAAUAAAUCUGCUAUUAAACUGCAACUUAAUGUGCGCGAAUUAAUAUAUCGAGCGUUUGGCAGAACAUUGUCAGUACUAAUCCGACUCUGUUAUAGUGCCGUAUGUCCAAAAAAGAUCGCUACGGAAUAAUCUGCCGCCUUGCUGUAAAAGUGUGUGCUUGGAGCAAUAAAGGACCUUUGAAAAUCACAUAAAUUUAGCAACAGAAUUUCUAAUUAAUUAAUUAUUGAUAUAAAUCGCGAAGUCGAUUUAUGCUUACUAAAAAUUGUCUUGAAAUUAUUGUUGUUUUUAAACUGUCAACGAGAAGUUUAUACUAUUAAUAAAAAUAAAUGUUUAAAACAAAUCUUAUUUGCAAUUCACAAACAACACACAAACUGACACUAAUUAAAUCUCAAUAUUUAUGAAGUAUAAGAUACAUAUGCUUUGCUACAAGAAUAUGCAAAUAUAGGUGAACUGGAACUAAUUCAAAGCAAAAGACGAUGAAGUGGAAAAGUUUUAAUUUAAAAUCACUUUAAUAGACAAAUUUCAGGUGAAAGUGAGUUAGUUUUGUUAUUAGAAACUAUAAAAGACAAUGCAGCGCUAAUUGAGAAACAUAUUAAAAUCUCUCAUCAGCAUGAAGCUCAGUCAGAAUUCAUAUUUUAUUUUUCUUAUUGGUUUUUGUGUGAGUGCUUUAAACGCAGCUAAACCAAAUAGCGACCGAAGCAGAGCAAAUUUAAUUAUUGGCGGACAAAAAGUGCCAAUUGGCGGAGCACCCUGGGUGGUUUCUAUUAUAAGAAACCGUCAGUUAAUUUGUGGUGGCUCCUUAUUAACUAAUGAUAUAGUGAUUACGGCGGCCAGUUGCAUCAAAGAUGUAAAACCAGCGGAUCUUUUGGUCCGUGCAGGAACUACAGCCUUCAAAAAUAGCGGAAAACUAAGAAGAAUCAAAGAGAUCGUUCAUCAUCCAAAAUAUGUGCAAAACAGCCACUCUUAUAACGUAGCACUUCUACAUUUAUUGCGACCAUUCAAUAAUACUUAUCAACUUGUAGGACAAGUCAGAUUACCUGAUGCAAAUUGGACACAGCCCUCAUCCAUAUAUGUUUUUGGGUGGGGACUAUCGAGCAAUAAGACUAAUGUACUGAUGACUAAGAAUUUGCGUUUCACAAAAACUAAAAUAUAUUCUGAAAAGAAGUGUGUCCAAUAUCUGAGUGAAGAUGAUGACACUGAUUACGUAUUUUGUUCUGGUGAUCGCACGAAAAUUUCUGAUAUUUGUACUGAUGAUAGAGGUAGUCCUGGAAUAUUUAAUGACAACGUUCAGUUUGGUAUAGUAUCCGAUGGCGGAGCAUGUUCUGAAACACGUACGACAAUUUUAACUAAUUUGGCCAAACAUACAAGUUGGAUUAAGAAUUUAGAAAGCGAAUUCGAGAGUGAAAAUGAAAAUAAAAGAACAUACCAGCUUUCGUGACUUUUCAAGAUUUAUUUUAAAUUUUUGUUUUUUUGUCAUAGCACACGAUGCACGCUGUGCAAAGUGUUUCUCUAUUACCUAUCAUUCCUUACUUCAGUUAUUUGCUUUAAAUAUUGUUCUAUUCCUGAAAGAAUAUUCUCCUAUUUGGAUCGCCGCAAUAAACAGACGUGUUUUUAAGUUUA